AUGGCUUCAGCCCAAGACAUCACUGAGGGCGAGCAGCUACUGGAGACUUUAUGGCGAGAGCCUGGUAGAGCAGAAUUACGAUGUCUGUUGUGCCAAGAGCCAUUUACCGACGAUGCUCUCAUUCGUACGUUCCGCGUGGAGCCUCCAGGCGAUCACAGCCCCAGUUAUAGCAUUGUCGUGCCCACUCACAAGGGCGAUAUCCUCUUCUUCGAUCGACAUAUGAGUUGCGUGGCAGAGCACCAAGUCAGGUUCUCGGCGGUAUCGCAUGUCUGGGACUCCAGCAUCUCCCACGUGCAGCGACAACGACAGACGGUACCGCAGACCCCAGUGGCUGCACGUAACGUCUUAGACAUCUCGACCAAGGUUUACUCAGGCACUGAACAGGCCAAGGAUACGGCUGGCGAACUAUGGCUUGCCUACUUGAGCGUCCCUCAAUGGUCUGAUACCCUCAAGAACAGCAUUAUUCGCAUCACGCAUAAGCUCUUCACCACGGCCGAGACGACGGUUAUCUACUUUGGCGAUGUAGACUCAGAUGUGGUCAAACAGCUGUACAGAAAGGAAAGGUCUCCAGAACGUCUUGCUGCCGUCAUCUCUGUGUGCAACUCACAAUACUUCAAACGUGUCUGGACUGCUAUGGAGUUCAUCGGAAGCGGGCGUGUCAGAAUGAUGACAAGCGAUUGCACAUACUUCGGUGAUCUGGACGACCCUGCGUUCUUCAAUCGACUGUAUGAUGUCUGGAACGAGGAGCUUAGGCAUCAUGCUCAGGCCCAACGUUUGGAGGCGGAAGUGCAAAUGGGCAAGAAUGGCAAAAACCAGGUUCCAUGGAGCCUUGGAGCACUAAGAGAGGCAAAAGACUUGAAGAGAGUCAAUUUUGCAAUGGGUUCUACACUCCUCAAAGAGGGGAUGCCGAGACCAGGUGGACUACCUCCAUGCCCUGAGAGGCAUAGUCCCUGCGAGCUCAGCCACUCCGAUGAGCUCUGA